AUGCCAGAAAUUCCAAAGGAGCAGUGGGCGCAGGUCAUCGAGAAGACCGGCGGUCCUGUCGAGUACAAGAGAAUUCCUGUACAAGAGCCCGGUCCAGAUGAAGUUCUCGUCAACAUCAGGUACUCUGGUGUCUGCCACACUGAUCUCCACGCUGUGAACGGUGACUGGCCCCUGGCCACUAAGCUACCUCUCGUCGGUGGCCACGAGGGAGCCGGUGUUGUUGUUGCCAAGGGCAACCUCGUCAAUGAUAUCGAAAUUGGUGACUACGCUGGUGUCAAAUGGAUCAACGGAACCUGCCUUGCCUGCGAUUUCUGCCAGCAGUCUGACGAGCCCCUCUGCUCAAAGGCCCUCCUCUCUGGUUACACGGUGGAUGGUACCUUCCAGCAAUACUGCAUUGCAAAGGCUGCCCACAUUGCCCACAUCCCUAAGGAGUGCGCUCUUGAUGCCAUUGCCCCUGUUCUUUGCGCCGGUAUCACCGUCUACAAGGGUCUGAAGGAGUCUGGCGUCAAGCCCGGCCAGUGGGUUGCCAUCGUCGGUGCUGGCGGUGGUCUCGGAUCCCUUGCUUGCCAGUACGCUAAGGCUAUGGGCUGCCGUGUCAUAGGUAUCGACACUGGUGACGAGAAGAAGAAGAUGAUCACUGAGGAGCUCGGUGGUGAGGUAUUCGUCGACUUUGCUUCCUCAAAGAACGUCGUUGCCGAUGUACAGAAGGCUACACCCGAUGGUCUUGGUCCCCACGCUGUCAUCCUUGUCGCUGUAAACGAGAAGCCCUUCCAGCAGGCUGCUGAAUACGUUCGACCUCGCGGUACCGUCAUCUGCAUUGGUCUUCCCGCCGGCGCAUACCUCAAGGCUCCCGUAUUCGAGUCUGUCAUCAAGAUGGUCAGAAUUCAAGGUUCCUACGUUGGCAACCGCAAGGACAGUGCAGAGGCCAUCGACUUCUUCGCUCGUGGCUUGAUCAAAGCACCAUUCAAGGUCGUCGGUCUCUCCGAGCUCCAGAUGGUCUACGACAAGAUGCGCGCUGGUGCCAUCGCUGGACGUUACGUCCUUGACACCUCAAAGUAA